AUGGGGCCCCUAGUUUGGGAGGGACGAUUGGCAUGUCUCCUUCUCCAGGUCUCUGUUCUGCUGCUCCUUUGCAAAGGGGAGAGGAUGUGUCCCUUGAGCUGCCGCUGCGAGGGGAAGAUUGUUUACUGUGAGUCUGGUGCCUUCCAAGACAUCCCAGAAAACAUCUCCGCGGGGUGCCAGGGCCUCUCCUUGCGCUACAACAGCCUGCUGACUCUGCUGCCUUACCAGUUUGCCCACCUCAACCAGCUCAUCUGGCUCUACCUGGAUCACAACUCCAUCAGCGGCAUAGACAGCCAGGCCUUCCAGGGUGUGCGGAGGCUCAAGGAGCUGAUCCUCAGCUCCAACAAGAUCAUGCAGCUCCACAACAGCACCUUCCACGGCGUGCCCAACCUACGCAACCUGGACCUGUCCUACAACCAGCUCCAGGUGCUGCAGCCGGGGCAGUUCCACGGGCUGCGCAAGCUCCAGAAUCUGCACCUGCGGUCCAACAGCCUGAAGAGCAUCCCCAUCCGCGCCUUCCUGGAAUGCCGGAGCCUGGAGUUCCUGGACCUGGGCUACAACCGCCUACGCACCCUCACCCGCACCACCUUCCUGGGCUUGCUCAAGCUGACGGAGCUGCACCUGGAGCACAACCAGUUCUCCAGGAUCAACUUCUUUCUCUUCCCACGCCUCACCAACCUGCGGUCACUCUACCUGCAGUGGAACCGCAUCCGAGUCGUCAAUCAGGGCCUGCCCUGGACCUGGUACACUUUGCAGAAGUUGGACCUCUCAGGCAACGAGAUCCAAGCCCUGGAUCCAGCUGUUUUCCAGUGCCUGCCCAAUCUACAGAUACUCAACCUGGAGUCCAACAAGCUCAGCAACGUGUCCCGGGAGGCCGUGGCAGGCUGGACCUCCCUGACCACCAUCAGCCUGGCAGGCAACGUGUGGGACUGCAGCCCCAGCAUCUGCCCCCUGGUGGCCUGGCUGAGGGACUUCAGAGGCACAAAAGACACCACUAUGAUAUGCAGCAGCCCAAAGUCACUUCAGGGAGAGAAAGUAACGGAGGCUGUGAAGAAUUACACAAUCUGUGAUGAGGAUCCAACUCCAGCACCAACCCCCGCACCGACCCCGAGGCUAACUCCCACGUCGACAGCAGCCACCACUCGGCCUCCACCUCCUCCUACUACCACUACUACCCAAGCUCCUUCAACUUCACCUAAACGCAGGCUACUCCCACAGCCCUUCGCUCCCAAACUGGCAGAUAUGGACUCCAGGGAACCUCAGCCCAGCACUCCUCCCUUCUCUGACAACUCGCCUUCCACUCCGGAGCCAGAGUUUGAGCACAUGUCCUUCCACAAGAUCAUUGCGGGCAGCGUGGCGCUCUUCCUGUCUGUGUCCCUGAUCCUGCUGGUGAUCUACGUCUCGUGGAAGCGCUACCCCAACACCAUGAGGCAGCUGCAGCAGCACUCAGUGGGGCGCAAACGCAGGAAAAAGGCCCAGGAGUCAGAGCACAACCUUAACUCCCAGCUGCAGGAGUAUUACAUGAGUUACAACCCCACAAACUCUGAGACCAUGGACGUGCUGGUCAAUGGGACAGGACCCUGCACCUGCACCAUCUCAGGCUCCAGAGAAUGUGAGAAUGAAUAUGUUUGUCCUAGACCACUACCGGGAGCUUGGCUUGGAGAUAUACCAACAAUACACUGAAGUAAAAAAAAAAAAAAUGUCUGUCUCCUGAGUGGACCACAGGCCAAGGAUUCACACGUACACCCAGACUAUUACCCCCACCCUCUGCACUCAUCCAUUCCAAGACCUUCCUUGCUCCUGGAAAACACAGACGGCAGUGGAUCCUUCUCAAGCCUUGAGGAAGAGCCAUGGGGAAAAUUGCUUCAGAAUAAAUUCGGCUGAAUACCCAUCUGUGACUUCAGCCCAUCCGCAGUGAAUGGGGACUUCCUUUCCCUACACAACCUAAUAAAGUUAAACAAAUUUUAUACACAUGAGUGCCAAUUACACACUACUGUUGGUUAGCAAGAUGGAUGUUAUAUUGUGGGAACAGUGACAUCUAUAAUGGGAAAAAGAUAU